UUAUUCCUUGAUAGUCAGGUAGCUACACCUGUCAUUGUUAACAAUGAUUUUUCUUUCGAGUUAUUAGUAAUCUAUUUAAUAUAUAAUAAUUAAAGUGAUUUUGUAAUGUUAAGAUACUAUGGGCUUAAUAAGUCACACUAGCGGUCUCGCACUAUAUUUGUGCGUGUCUAAAGGCGUACUUGGAGAAUGAUAAUGAAUUAUUAUCUUUAAAGUUCGCUGAAUAAUUCAAUAAUGGGUAACCUAAACAGUUGCUGUUGUUACCGAAGUCCUUCGCCUAUCCGAAAGGACAUCGUCAAACUUGAAGACUACCUUCCUGAAGGGGAAGUAAGCUCAAACAACAUUCAACACAUUAGUGAAAGAGAGCCUGAUGAUGGAGAUAUUGACCCCUCCCAGGACCCAGUUGCGGGUACUAUAUUUAUGGAAAGAUCAAAAGCUUCAAUUGAGAAUGGAAUCACAAGAAAAAAAAGUCAACAUCAAAUAGCUGAAAAUAAAUUGAAAAAAAGCAGUUCCUGUUCUACUAUAUACUUAGAUGAUAGUACUGUCUCUCAACCAAAUUUAAAAAAUACAGUAAAGUGUGUUGCUCUGGCCAUAUACUAUCACAUAAAGAAUAGAACAUCAGAACGAAGACUGGACAUAUUUGAUGAAAAACUGCAUCCUUUAAGUAAAGAUGGAGUCUCCGAUGAUUAUGACAAGUAUAAUCCUGAACAUAAGCAGAUCUAUAAAUUUGUGAGAACAUUAUUCAAUGCUGCUCAGUUGACAGCAGAGUGUGCUAUUAUUACUUUAGUAUAUUUGGAGCGACUUCUCAUUUGUGCCGAACUUGAUAUAGCGCCCUCUAACUGGAAAAGAAUAGUUUUGGGUGCAAUUCUACUUGCUAGCAAAGUUUGGGAUGACCAAGCUGUGUGGAAUGUAGAUUACUGUCAAAUAUUGAAAGACAUCACAGUUGAAGAUAUGAAUGAACUAGAAAGACAGUUUUUAGAAAUGCUACAGUUCAAUAUAAAUGUCCCCUCGAGUGUAUAUGCCAAGUACUACUUCGACUUGCGUACUCUCGCCGAAGCAAACGAUUUAGCGUUCCCUAGUGAGCCAUUGAGUAAAGAGAGAGCACAAAAAUUAGAAGCAAUGUCAAGAGUUAUGGAGGAUAAAAUAUCAGCUGAAGUCGUCAAGAAUGGUAUCAAGAAGUGGUCAAGUUUAGACAAUGUCAAUUCUGGUGCAGGAGUGAGGCGUAGUGUGGCCAUAUUAUCUUAAUUAUUUAUUUCAAUUCAAUUUUUGAAUCCAUGUUCAAUAUUAAAUAUCUAUGGAUAUUAUUGUAUUUAGAAUGUUUGCACCAGAUUGAAAAUUUAUGAGUUGAGUUAUGGCACAUUAUUUUGAAAUAAUGUUUAUUGAAAGGGAUGUGAUGAUAUCUGCCAAAUAUCAUAAUUGAGAAGUUUUAGUAAGAUAUAACAAUAGUAAAGAUAUUUUACUCUGGAAGACGGAUAUGUGGUGUUGUCUGUAACAAUACACUUUGUUACUGUAAAAAGUGCACAAAAGUCGGCAAAUUUUAAUGAAACAUUCAGUCAUGUUUUGUACUAAUGUUAGUUCUUAAAAUGAAAGACUUAAAAAAUGAGGUCCAAUAUUUUUUGUAUUAUAUCCAUAAUCAAUAAUUUGCUACUUAAUUCUUAAACAUAAUUUAUGUUUCAUUAUUGUAUUGGCUUCCAGUUUAUUUAGUUGUAACUUAUAAGAAGCACUAAUCAAAUAGUUUGCUUCCAAAAGUUUACUGCUUAGUGUUAACUUAGGCUACUACUAGGAAGUGCGAGUCCAUUUGACUGAUAUAAGGAUCUUGUGAGUGUGGUAUGAAUGUGUUAGUCGACAGACUUAUUAAUAAAUUUAUUUAUAAUGUUUAUUGCAUUUAGAGUCCGACAUAGUUAUAUAUGAAAUUAUGCCAAAUUAUUUUGUAAUCAAAUAAAAAUAAAUCUCAUUAAUCACUCAUUGUUACAAUUUAAAAUUGAAAAUGUUGGUUUCAUAUGGAAAUGCCAAUAUAUGUUAUUAUAUUAUACAAUAAAUAGGAAUUGAUUAAGUUGAAAUAUUUAAAGCAAUUAACAUUUUGUGAAUAAGCUAUGCAGUCCAUACUUUAUGUAUCUUUAAUGUAAUUAAGCAAAAAUAAACAUUUUAUAUGAGACUUUAAA